GGGCGGGCGGACAAGAUGGCGGACGGGGACAGCGGCAGCGAGCGCGGCGGCGGCGGCGGCGGGUUCGGGACCGCCCGCGGCGGGGCGGGGGGGGCCGGCCCGGCCGCGGGGCCCGGCGGCGGCGGCGCGGCCGGCCCCGAGCAGGAGACGCAAGAGCUGGCGUCCAAGCGGCUGGACAUCCAGAACAAGCGCUUCUACCUGGACGUGAAGCAGAACGCCAAGGGCCGCUUCCUCAAGAUCGCCGAGGUGGGCGCGGGAGGCUCCAAGAGCCGCCUCACGCUCUCCAUGGCCGUGGCCGCCGAGUUCCGCGACUACCUGGGCGACUUCAUCGAGCACUACGCGCAGCUGGGCCCGUCCAGCCCCGAGCAGCUGGCCCAGGCCGCGGGGCCGCCGGGCGAGGACGGCGCCGGGCCCCGCCGCGCCCUCAAGAGCGAGUUCCUGGUGCGGGAGAACCGCAAGUACUACCUGGACCUGAAGGAAAACCAGCGCGGGCGCUUCCUGCGCAUCCGCCAGACCGUGAACCGCGGCCCCGGCGGCCCGGGGGGGUUCGCGGGAGGCCCCCCCGGGCUGCAGAGCGGCCAGACCAUCGCGUUGCCCGCCCAGGGCCUCAUCGAGUUCCGCGACGCCCUGGCCAAGCUCAUCGACGACUACGGGGGUGAGGAGGACGAGCUGGGUGGCCCCGGCGGCGGCGGCCCGGGCGGCGGGGGGCUCUAUGGAGAGCUGCCCGAGGGCACGUCCAUCACCGUGGACUCCAAGCGCUUCUUCUUCGACGUGGGCUGCAACAAGUACGGGGUGUUUCUGCGGGUCAGCGAGGUGAAGCCGUCCUACCGCAACGCCAUCACCGUCCCCUACAAGGCCUGGGCCAAGUUCGGCGGCGCCUUCUGCCGCUACGCCGAGGAGAUGCGCGACAUCCAGGAGCGCCAGCGGGACAAGCUCUACGACCGGCGCGCCGGCCCGCCGGGACCCGGCAGUGGCAGCGGCGCCGGUGACGACUCCGACGGCGACGACGUGGACGACGACUGAGCCGAUCCCCCCAGCCCUCGACCCCGACGCCGGCCCCCCACCACCCCCCCCAGCCCCGGGGCGAAGGGGUCCCCAAUCCCCCUUCCCAGUGACGGGGCAAAGGGGUCCCCGAACGCCCCCAACAGCGAUGGGGCGAAGGGGUCCCUGAGCCCCCCUACACCCCUCCCAGCGGUGGGGUGAAGGGGACCCCAAACUCCCCACGUCCCCGCUCCCAGCAACGGGACAGAGGGGUCCCCGAGCCCCCUACAGCAGCAGUGGGGCACGGGGGUCCCCGAGCCCCCCCCUCCUGCUGCCACCGGAGAGAGAGAAACCGGCCCGACCGUGCCGCCGCCCGCGGCCCCCCCCGCCCCCUCCCUUGCUCCCACCGUGGGACCCCGGCCCCCAGGACUCGCUGUUUUGGAGGGAACGGGGGGUCACCCGCAGACCCCUCCCGGUGCCCCCCCAUCAAAACCAGCACCCGAGGGCCCCAGAGCCGAGCGGCAGCGGCAGCGCCGGGAGUUGGGGGGAGGGGGAGGGGGGGCAGCGGAGGCACCUUGGACCAACGGCCGUUCCCUCGGCUUGUGAUUUUUCCUUCAUUUUCCUUUUUAUUUUUUCCUUUUCACCUCUUUCCACGUUUGGUUGGUUUUUUUUUUUUCAUUUUUUGGUGUUUUUUUUUUUUUUUUUGGUAUGCAAACUCCAGGCGCCCAAACUGGAACCAGCCCCGAGCUGGCGGGUCCCUGACAAUUAGGGAAGAUUUCCUCGGUUUUGCUGAUUUCUGACCGUUUUUUCCCCCCUCCCUGUUUUCCCGCCGGGAAGGGGGAGGCGCCGGCACAAAGCACAAGGAAAAACUCGACGGGGCGAACCAUCUUCCCCUUCUCUCCAAAUAAGGCGCCUCCGGCCCCGUUUCACCAGGACCCGCCGGAAUCUGCCCCUUGGCUUCACCCAAAUUGGAUUUUCCGGCCCCAAAUCCAUGGCCACGCCCGGCCCCGGCACCUUGGGGGUGGAUUUUGGAGGUUUAUUGUUAUUUUUUGCCUCCUUUUGUCUUUUUUUUGCCCCCCUGGGCCUGGCCCUGGCGCCGCCUGGUCCCUGCAGCCACCUCCUAUUAAACAAAUUUUUCCACUCUCAAACAGUCUUUUUUUUUUAAUUCUUUUUCACUCCCUCAGCUCAGUCCUGCCCUUUUCAGAAUUCCGGUUUUUCACCCUGUUUUCCCAUAACUCCAAACUCCAUCGCUCUCAUUCCAAAGUUUUGCCUCUUCUUCUCCUACAGUUUCACCACUUACAGGACUUUUUUUUUUCCUUUUAAUCCAGUUUGGGGAGCCCAAUCAGCUGCCUCCUUAAUUUAUUACCAUGGAUCCGGCAUCUCCCUCUCUCCAUAUUUAUUGGGAAGUGAGGAACAGCCGCAGACCCCUGGGGAGCCCCCCACACCGCAGGGACGCUGCUGUCCAUCCGUCCGUCCAGCCCCUGGCCCAGUCCCUCUGCUCCCGCUGCCAUCACUCUUUUUAAAGGGAUUUUUAAAGCGAGUUUCUUCCGUUUAUCCCAUUUGUAAGCCUUCUCCGUCGCAAAGGACCUGGAUCCCUCACUCACACGGGAGCAAUAGUCUUUCCUUGAUGGCCGAUGUGUCCGUACUGUAUUUUGUACCCUCAGGCAGCUCUUUCCGGUGAAUUCCUGCUGUAUCCACCCAUCCUCCUGGUCCUGUGUUCUUUGCCACGGAGAAAAACCAUAAACCACGACGACGAUGAUGGAUUUGGGAGGAAAAUUGCUCCCAGCUCUGUGGGACUCACUGGCGUCCAGCCGCGGGACCUCUCCUUUUAUUUUUGAAGAGGAUGAGAUAUAUAUAUAUAUAUAUAUAUGUGUGUGUGUAUAUAUAUAUAUAUAAAUAUAUAUAUAUAUAUUCCUUUGGGUUUCUUUCUUUUGGCUGAAUUGCGGUGAUUUAGCCUUAUUUCUACUCUGGGAGAGUGGCAGAAUUGCUGCCAGCCCGGCCCAGCUCUGGGAGCUGGCUAGAUAUACAUGGAAGAGGAAAAAAAAAAAAAGGCAAAACCACCAAAAUCCAGUAAUAAACCCAAAAAAGCUCCCGGCGUUGGCUCAGGGAGCCUUUCCUGGCCAGAGAAGCACUGGAUCCAUGGACACAACCUCUCACAGCUCCAUUUGGGUGGGAAGAGCAGAGCACGUCGGGGGAAGACAGCAGAAAAAACCAGCCAAAAUGAGAUAAAAUAGGGAGAAAAGGGGAUUUGAGGUGCCAGCUGGAGCAAGGGAAGUGGCCGUGGGGGCUACCAUGAGGGAGUGGAUCUUGGGGGGCAGUUUUGGUUUCUUUUUCUCUUGGAGCCUCCCAGGAGCCGUUGGAUGUUUCCCAGGAAAGCGGGACAACGCCGGCAUCUCCCCUGAACCCCCUUCCCAUCCCUGUGUGUAUAGACAUGGCUGUGUGUACAUAGCUCAGAUUUGGUUGAGUUUUGGGUUGAAUUCUGUAGAAAAUGGGCAAAUUGCUUUUUUUUAUUAUUAUUUUUAAACCACAAAUAGGGGGGAAAAUAACCCAAAUUCCUGGUACUUCCAGCUUUGCUGCCCCAGAGGGCUGAUGGAAAACGCGGUGAUGGCUGUACAGACAGAAUAUUGGAAGUCUUGUACAAUACCCCAAAACCCAGUGGAAAAUACCCCAAAUGGCUGGGUCUGGAGCAGGUGGUGCUUCCAGGGCAAGUUCAACCAGCUUCAGUUAUUUUUGCCCUAAAAGAUAUGGAAGAAAAUUCAGAUUCUCCUGCCUUGUUUCCAGUGAUUUGGGGGCGGUGGAGGAUAGUUUGAGGGGGCUGUGCCAGUGGUGGCUCCUCGUGUUGGUGACAAAACCAACCCAAUCCCUCACUGGUCUCUCAUAAAAAGGCAAAAAGUGGAAAAGAAAUCACAAAAAAACCUUGAAAAGAUUUUAAAAAGCAGCUGAGUGAGCACUGGGGGUAUGCAGGGUGGUGCGCCACGGAGCUCAGCAGGUAUUCCCAGUGGGAAAUCCCAGCUGGCUCUGUGGAUGCUCCCAGAUGUUCCUGCAGGGCGAGGCCUGGCCACUCGGAGUGGCGUCGCCCUCCUCAUCCUUGCGGAGCCGGUAGAGCCAGCUAGAGCCAGCGGCACUGGAGCCAAGCCAUGCAGAGCCAGGCUUGGGUGUUGGCAGGAGAACCCAGAUGCGAGCGGGACAGCCGGGAAGGAGCAUGGCACAGCCUGGAGCCCCUGGGGUCCAGCCCCACAAUAGAACCCCAGGGGGUUCUGGCCUCGGAGCAGUGGCUGAGAGCGGGUUCAGCAGGGGUGGCUCACUGGGCCCCAGCACACGGGUCAGCCCAGCCUGGAGCCUGGGACAUCAUCAGUGGGGAGAGCACUGGAUCCUCCUCGAAGAGCCAGGCACUCCCAGAGUUGGAGUCUCUGACAGCUUGGUCCUCCAAGAAUUGUAUCUUCCAAAAGCUGGGUCCUCUGAGUGCCCAAUCCUCCUCCAAGAGCUGGCUCCUCCUUUGAGAGUUGGAUCCUUCAAGAACUGGAUCCUCUGAGCACCAGAUCCUUCUCUGAGUGCUAGAUCCUCCUCCAGGAGCCAGAUCCUCCUCCAAGCUGGAUCCUCUGAGACCUGGAUCCUCUGAGAGUUGGAUCCUCCAAACACUGGACCCUCCUCUUUGAGCUGGGUUCUUCUCCAAGCAGCAGAUCUUCCUCGGAGAGUUGGAUCCCCUGAGAUCCCAUGAAUGUUGGAUCCUCCUCCGAGCUCCGGAUCCUCCUCAGAGCAGCAGAUCCCGCAAGCGCCACCUCCCUCCCUGAGCGCUCACCAUGAUGUCCCUUUGCCGAAAAGAGAAAAUAAA